AUUCCCUCAUAUUCGAUUUGUUAUAGUUCUUUUCAUUUCAAAAUAUCUGAACGUAUGUCGGCUUUAAAAUUUCAAAAUGUUUCAAUGUUAUAUUAAAGGAGCUUCAUGGUGUGCUUUAAUUAUUUUCAUCAUUGUAUUGAAUUAUCCAAACGUUGUGGACUCAUUCAUCUUCCCUGCCGGCGACGCCCGGAAUAACUUCACGACCAAAAGGACAUUUAUAGCGGCUGUUUAUGAGCACGCAGUUGUUCUGCCGCCACAUACCUUGGCUCCAGUAUCACGUCAGAAAGCCGUAAACAAUAUGAUGGUCAAUAUUCGUGUAUACCAGGAACGCGCGAAGGAAGCUGCAUCUCAGAACGCUGAUAUACUAGUAUUUCCCGAAGAUGGUGUUUAUGGCAUGGAUUGGUCUGGUCGACGUCAAUUUCUCUUUCCCUAUUUGGAAUAUAUCCCCGACCCUGCAGAGCUACAGUGGAAUCCAUGUGACAAUCCCGGAUUGUUCCCGGAUACCGAAAUCCAACAAUCCCUCAGCUGCAUGGCAAAAGAGAACAACCUUUAUGUUGUUGCCAAUGUCGGUGACAAACAACCAUGCAAUCAAACAGCAGAUCCACAUUGCCCACAUACUGGCUUUUUCCAAUACAAUACUGAUGUCGUGUACGCACCAGAUGGAACUCUCGUAAUGAAAUACCACAAAUAUAACUUAUUUUUUGAGAACCAAUUCGACAAACCACCAAACGGCGGGGUGCCAGUUUUUGAAACACCGUUUGGACGAUUCGGGGUAUUCACAUGCUUUGAUAUUCUGUUUGAACACCCACCAAUUGAUUUGAUAACAAUUCAUAAUGUUACAAGCAUAGCGUUUCCCACUGCUUGGAUGGAUGCUGGACCAUUUUUCAACUCCAUACAAUUUCAUUCUGCUUUUGCGGCCGGACAUCGAGUUAACGUAUUAGCCGCGAAUAUUCACUACCCAGAAAAGCGUUUUCAUGGAAGCGGAAUUUACACUCCCUCGGGAGCCGCUGCCUUCUACUAUAAUUCGACGGUUAAAAGCGUCCCGAAAUUACUUGUGAAAGAAAUCCCAGUGGUUGGACGGAUAGAUGAACUAUCCUCUAAUAGCCGUGAUGGAUUAAUAAAACCUGGGUCAGUCCUGAGAUUUUCAGGCAAUUUGUUUACUGCUGAUCUUUUUCAUGACAAGUUCAACUUAGUCCGUUUAACAGACGCAUCGGGGCACAACGAAGUUUGCCACAACAAAAUCUGCUGUCAUGCGUCAUACAGAACCACACAUAUGUCAACGCAGGGAGAACACUUUUCUAACACAACGGACGGUCAAUAUUUUGCGCUUGGUGCUUUCGACGGUCUUCACACUUACCAAGGAAGUUACUAUAUUCAAGUUUGCACCAUUAUUAGAUGUAAAGGUCAAGGUUCUGCACGACAAUGUAACGAUGAAGUUGACUCUCCGAUGACCGUAGAUAUGAUGCGGUUUGAAUUGUCUGGUAAUUUCUCUACACCAUUCAUUUACCCGGAAGUGCUUCUGCAAAGGGAAGGAGAUUUUGGUCUUACGUCUUAUCCCAACCUGUGGUCCUAUGCAGGUGGUCGCCUUACAUCGGACCAUCAGCUGAAUUAUCCGUUGAACGUGGCAGCCUUAUUUGGAAGAUGUUACGACUGGGAUUAAAAUUGGUGCUUUUAAUUCUGACUUCAAAAACAGGUAAAUAAGCAUUGUGAGCAGUCCAAUAAACGUGUUACAUCUAAUCAAUAGCGAACUUGGCUGUCUUAUUUUGACAGACUGACAUAUGGGAUAAAGAAUGUUCUUCACAAAGUGUUAUAUCACUAUUCAAAGUUGUCAAUAAAAGUUCAAUUUUGAUUUUACAUUUUCGUUAAUUACGAUGAAUAUUCCUAAGCUCAUUUUCGAUGAUAUAACAAAGUGAAUGUAUUUCAGUUAUUGUCUUAUUUUAUUCAAUAAAACAUCAGUUGAAUGUGUAUUUUCUUGAUAUCUUAUAUUUAUCCAUGACACGUUCAACAAGCUGUUCCUCUUCAGCUUCAUCUGAUCAAUGAUUUAUUAAUAAGAGUACAGGAUAUCUCAAUGCAAUAGUUAAGUAACAUCUGUUACCUGUAUGUCCCUACUUGUUAUUGAAUCUUGCACUUUAGAAUUAUGCUUGUGAUGCGUGGAUGCUAUGUAUACAUUUUAUGAAAGGAUUUACAUGUUGUUGUUUUUUAAUUUUUAUUGCAUGCUGCUAAAUUAUGUAAUUUAUGCUACAUGCCUUAUACAUUUACUUGUGCUUUAAAUAUGAACGAAAGGUGGCAUGAAUUAAGUGACAUUGUGAAUUGGUGUUAUUCAAAGUGAUAGACAUGUGAUUCUAUCGAUCAUUAAAUGAAUGUGAUUAAGAUGUAAUGACAUAUAAAUGAUAUUGGUGUCGAA